UCCAGCUUCUCCCGGGGCUGCCCGCCCGCCGCUCCUUUCCUGCCCACCUACUAUGAGGAGCGGCUCCUCCCACCUGCCCAUAAAAGCCAAGUGCAUGUUACCAGCACCAGAUCAGAGCACUUUCCCGGUCCUCUCCUGUGGGAGCCCCCAGCCUCUCUCCUGGAUCUUACGUGCUCAAGACGGUGUUCAGGAAUUGGAGCAGUAUCUGGUGAGGAGACAGAAGCCAGCCCCAGGCGUGCCACAGGAAGACACCAGCAAGGACACUGGUCCUGACUCCACAGGCAGCCACUAAAUGUUCAGGGGACUUCGCAGUGAAUGAAGCCAAAAAGGACAUUCCGCCUUCAGUCAGAGAUACUUCAGUAAACAAGAAAACACAUAAACAUGCAAGACAGUGCCUGGUGGUGAGGAAAAACCAAGUGAUGGCUGUGCCACCUGGCCCGCUGCAGCUGCUGGGAGUGCUGCUGACCAUUUCCCUGGGCUCCAUCAGGCUCAUCCAGGCAGGUGCCUACUAUGGGAUCAAGCCGCUGCCUCAAAUUCCUCCUCAGCUCCCACCGCAAAUUCCACAAUAUCAGCCCCUGGGCCAACAAGUGCCUCACAUACCUCUGGGUAAAGAUGGCCUUACCAUGGGCAAGGAGCUGCCCCACAUGCAAUAUGGCAAAGAGUACCCACAUCUACCCCAAUAUAUGAAGGAAAUGCAGCCGGUGCCAAGAAUGGGCAAGGAAGCAGCACCCAAGAAAGGCAAAGUAGAAGUACCAUUAGCCAGUUUACGAGGGGAGCAAGGUCCCCGUGGGGAGCCUGGCCCAAGAGGACCACCUGGGCCCCCUGGUUUACCAGGUCAUGGGAUACCUGGAGUCAAAGGAAAACCAGGGCCACAGGGAUAUCCCGGAAUUGGAAAGCCAGGUAUGCCUGGAAUGCCAGGAAAGCCAGGAGCCAUGGGAAUGCCCGGGGCAAAAGGUGAAAUUGGACCCAAAGGGGAAAUUGGGCCCAUGGGGAUUCCAGGACCACAAGGACCUCCCGGGCCUCACGGACUCCCUGGCAUUGGGAAACCAGGUGGACCAGGGUUACCAGGGCAACCGGGUGCAAAAGGAGAGCGAGGACCCAAAGGCCCACAAGGACCUCCAGGCCUUCAGGGUCCUAAAGGAGAGAAGGGCUUCGGGAUGCCAGGUCUGCCAGGCCUGAAGGGUCCUCCAGGGAUGCAUGGCCCUCCCGGCCCUGUCGGACUUCCAGGAGUGGGCAAGCCAGGAGUGACAGGCUUUCCUGGGCCCCAGGGCCCCCUGGGAAAGCCAGGUCCUCCAGGUGAACCUGGGCCACAAGGCCCGGUUGGGAUACCAGGGGUUCAAGGACCUCCUGGGAUGCCUGGAGUUGGAAAACCAGGUCAGGAUGGAAUACCUGGCCAGCCAGGAUUUCCAGGUGGCAAAGGGGAACAAGGACUGCCUGGGCUGCCAGGACCCCCAGGCCUUCCAGGGGUUGGAAAACCAGGCUUCCCGGGACCCAAAGGUGACAGGGGCGUAGGGGGUGUUCCUGGGGUUCUGGGACCAAGAGGGGAGAAAGGACCGGUAGGAGCCCCUGGAUUGGGGGGUCCCCCAGGAGAGCCAGGCCUGCCUGGAAUCCCAGGUCCUAUGGGCCCUCCAGGUGCUAUUGGUUUUCCCGGACCUAAAGGAGAAGGUGGGGUUGUGGGGCCACAGGGGCCACCAGGUCCCAAGGGUGAGCCAGGGCUUCAGGGCUUCCCAGGAAAGCCAGGUUUCCUUGGUGAAGCAGGGCCCCCUGGCAUACGGGGUUUGCCAGGUCCCAUGGGGCCCAAGGGGGAGGCUGGGCACAAAGGUUUGCCAGGGCUCCCCGGGGCCCCGGGGCUGCUUGGACCAAAGGGAGAACCAGGAAUCCCAGGGGACCAGGGUUUACAGGGCCCCCCAGGCAUCCCAGGUAUUGCAGGCCCUAGUGGCCCCAUUGGACCACCUGGAAUUCCAGGUGCCAAAGGGGAACCGGGACUCCCAGGGCCCCCUGGGUUCCCCGGAGUAGGGAAGCCCGGAAUAGCAGGACUUCAUGGCCCCCCCGGGAAGCCUGGUGCCCUGGGUCCUCAAGGCCAGCCUGGCCUUCCAGGGCCUCCAGGCCCUCCAGGGCCCCCAGGCCCCCCAGCUGCCAUGCCCCCUACACCACCUCCCCAUGGAGAGUAUUUACCAGAUAUGGGGCUGGGAAUUGAUGGAGUGAAACCCCCUCAUGCCUAUGGGGCUAAGAAAGGCAAGAACGGAGGGCCAGCCUACGAGAUGCCUGCAUUUACCGCUGAGCUGACUGCACCUUUCCCACCCGUGGGGGCCCCGGUGAAGUUUGACAAACUGCUCUAUAACGGCAGACAGAACUACAACCCGCAGACGGGCGUCUUCACCUGCGAGGUCCCGGGCGUCUACUACUUUGCAUAUCACGUUCACUGCAAGGGGGGCAACGUGUGGGUUGCUCUGUUCAAGAACAACGAGCCCAUGAUGUACACAUACGACGAGUACAAAAAGGGCUUCCUGGACCAGGCUUCGGGGAGUGCGGUGCUGCUGCUCAGGCCCGGAGACCGCGUGUUCCUCCAGAUGCCCUCAGAACAGGCUGCAGGACUGUAUGCCGGGCAAUAUGUCCACUCCUCCUUUUCAGGAUAUUUAUUGUAUCCCAUGUAAAAAAAGAGAACAAAAAGAGAGAGAUUUAAUAGAAGAAAAUGAUGCGCCAAAAAAAUCCGAAUGAAAACCAUAGUUGCUUCAAAACAUUUAUAUAGUUGGAAAGUUAUAUUUAAGUGAAAAGUUUGAACCAUCAUGUACAAAUAAAAACUACGAUGCAUGUUGUAUGCUCUGCACAGCGGCUUGUAAUCAAAAAUGAUGGGAUAGAUUUCUGUAUAAGUACUGACACUUGUGUUGUACCCACUGGAGUCAUAUUGGCUGUUGUAUGUUAUGUGCUUCCAUGAUAACCUGCUUCUUCAGAUCAGUCAAAAUAUUUCAGUAUGAAAGAUCACAGCUAAUGAAAGUCACUCACUCAUCUUGUUUACUUUAAAAUCUCUAUAAAUGUGGCUUAAAGACAUGUCAAUAAUAACAAUUACAUACCGUAUUUACUUGCGUAAUUUCCUGUGUUUAUGCAGAUCAUUUGCCAUGGAAUGUGUGUGGGGGGGACCCGUUCUGCAGUGUUACUGCUUCGGUGGGGGUGUGAGGGACGGGGUCCACUGGAGGGCUUUCAUGCAAGGGCUGUUUCUCUCCUGUGUCUUUUAGCAACAGGAGUCCCACUCAGCAUUGCAUAUCUAUUGUAGUGUCCCUACGAGAACAAGUGAACCAAUUGACCACUGUGUAUUUACUCGGUGCUUUCUCUGUGUCUAGCACUGGGCAAGGCACCUUUGUGGGGAUUAAAACAGCGGCCCACAAGGAGCGAACGAGCCAGCUGAGAGACAUGGGCAGUAAUUAACUCAUUUAUUCCUCAAAGGUUCUUUUUGUUUGUUUUCUGAUUUUCUUUUUUCUUCUCUCUGUGUAAUUUCCACUAUGGCCCAACUAAUAUAAAUACCUGGAAGUCAUAAGGAAAAAUAAAUAAAUAAUGGUCUCUCCCCAUGACUUUCCAGUUUUGUGGAAUAUUCAUUAUCAAUAGCAGUUAUUAUGUUUACAUGCAUAUAAAAAUCUCCUUUGCCUACACACACAGAGGACUACAAUGAGGUUUCAUCCAUUCAGGGGAUAUCAAUAUUUUUUUUGAACCAUUGAAUUUCAAAGAAAUUUCCCUGUGUAAUGCACAUGCAAACUGGUUUGUCAGCUGAGGUUCCAAAAUCACUUUCCAAAAUCCAAUCCAACAUUUAUGUGUGGGUGUAAAAGAAUUACACAGAAAAAUAUUUUUUUUGAAAAAAUAAUUUCUGAAGUUUUGAAUUUAAAAAUGAAUGUACUGCUUCCUGGUGUAGGUACUAAAACUGUAGGAAAAGAACUGUUUCUUUAGAAGCAACCUGUGGAAGAGCUAUCUGUAAUGUCAAGGGUGACGACAGCCCAUGCUUUUCAUGUCACCCCUUACUCAAAGAGCCAAUACAAGUUUAAAGAGAACAAUAAAUAUUUUUCCAAGCUUUCACAAGCUUUCACAUACUGACUGCUUUGGGCAUUUAAAUCUGGUCUCAAAACACAGGCAAAGCAUUUCCAGUCAGCUAUGAGUCUACUGCUGACAUUCUAAGCCACUGGGGGAAGUAAUGUGGGGUUAUGGUGGUGGAAUCUUGUGUCUUUUCCUCAAAACGAAGAGUGAGGAGUUGAGGGGAUAGUUACAGAUGGGAAAUUACACAAAUAAAUACGGUAUAUGGAAAUGUGUCUAUGUGAAAUCUGAAUCAUUUUAACCAUCAAGAAAAUUAUCUUCAGUCUAAUACGUCUGUUCUCUUAUAUGGUAUAGGAGCACCAUGUCUUCUCAAUUUCUGAAAAACAGAAAUGAGUUAAUUGCCACAGCAUUUCUUAUUCACUGCUAAUUAUAUGACAAAAUUUUCCCGUCAAAAAAUGUCCCACCCAACUUUCAUUUUUCAAAGCAGACAGCAUGUAUGUUGCCAAAUAUCCUUUGGGAUGGUCUUCGAGGAUGCUGGUUUGGGGCUGAUGACAAUGGGGCCAAUAUGGAUCCAUUCGGUUCCUUCUGCUGAACAGCUGCAUUGAAAUGGUUUGGAAGCAAGCCAGGUCAGCUGAUCUGUAAAACUGUAUUUAUCUGUACAUGUAUGGGCUUUUUAUUUCUACCACAUAAGAGAGAAAGUACCUAUUUAGUUAAAACCAAAUUUCACUUUCCAAAAUACCAACUUAUUUAUUGGUUGUUACUCAAUUGCCUAUAUGUGUGUGUGUGUGUGUGUGUGUGUGUGUGUCUGUGUGUGUGUGUCUGUGUGUGUGUCUGUGCAUGUAUGUAUAUUAUCGGGCAUAUGCUUCUAACUUUUAGAUAGGAGAGGAGCAAAAUCUAUGCCAGAUACUGUGUAUUCUACAAUGGUGCUAAUCUCAGAGCUAAAUGAAUGACUCCAUUUAAUUUAAAAAAGAGUUUUAAAUAAUUAUCUAUGUGUCUGUGUUUCUCUUUUGAGUGUUGCACAUCACGUUAACACAUUAGUGUAAAAGCAGAGGAAACAACUGCAUGCUCUAAAGUCUAGGGAUAGUACUAUAACCCCUAUUUAAUUCAAAGUUAACUAGAACUUUUCCAUGUGAAAUGGACCCAACUGGCAUUAUUGUUAUUUAAAUACAGAGUUUUAAGCAGCGUGACAUCCCAUGGGGGAAAAGAAUGUCUGUAGUGGGUGAUUGUUCUCAAAUAUCUUACAGAAUACCAUGAAUGGGGAAUAGACUGGUGACUUUUUCGAGUUUCCAUGAUAGAUUUGAGACUUGUCAAUAGCAAAUCAUUUUUGUAUUUAAAUUUUUGUACUGAUUUGAAAAGUCUUAUUAAAUAUGUUUAAAAGAA